AUGUCAGGAAAAGCUCCCGUGGUCAGAUUGCCUCCAUUACCAAGACUAAAAGUCAAGAAACCUAUCAUUAAACAAGAAACCAACAAAUGCUUAGUGCUCAUGUCUAAUCUACUGCAAUGUUGGUCGUCCAAUGGCCAUAUGUCCUCCUCAUGUGAGGGUAUUGCUAAGGAGUUGAAGGGAUGCACUGCUGUGAAUGCUAUGGGUGGUAAACACAAUGAUCAAAAAAGUAACAUCAACUACCAUGCUGCUAGGUUAUAUGACAGAGUGGGUGGGAAACAUCACGAUUGA